AUGAAGUUCAUUACAACCAACUUUGUCAAGUGCGCUAUCAAAAGCUGUGACUCUUCAGAUAAAUCAUUUCCCUUACAAUACAGCGAGUGUCAGCUAGUGCAAGAAGAGCAGGAUUUCAAUGGAGAGUUCAUAGCAUCAAUGUUGGAACGACUUGACUGGCCAGCGGUUCUCAAGGUUGCUAGUGACUUGGGUAACACCUCCUUGCCUCAAAAUAAGCCCGAGGGUAUAGACCCAAUCAUGGAAGAUGACCAGGCCAUAUUGAAAGACUUGCAUACCUUGUUAGUGGAGACACAAAUAGUCGAAGGAAAAAUGACAUGUGGAAACUGUGGACACAUAUACUAUAUCAAGAACUCCAUUCCCAACUUUUUACUUCCCCCACACCUUUGCCAGUAA